GCUCCUCAUUGUCAAAGCCCAACAGAAAAGCUGCUGCCAUUAUCUUAUUAACAUCUAUCAGAAAGUUCACGAUGGCAGCAAAGACGGCUCGACCCUCAGAGGAAAAGUUUGGGAUGCCCUCCAGAAGGCCAUCUCCAUGUGUCCCACUCGACACUCGCUUGUCAUUGCAGGGGACUUUAACACUGGCUUGCAGGCCUGUGCACCCUACACGGGUUCAGCAAUCAUAGGCAAGGGUAAUGCUGCUGAUGCUCCUGAUGCGCAUGUCCUACAACGCAUGCUUAAACAAUUUGAUCUCAGAGCCCUCAAUACCUUUCAGCCUGCACCCGGUGCCUUUACCUUUCAGCACCAAACCAAGGGGGGAGCUUUUCGGAAGAGUCAAAUUGAUUUUGUCAUCAUCAGAGGAAGGCGCACUGACUCCCAGGCUAAAUGCACGCGCACCUUGGUUGAUGCGGACCUGGGUGCUUGGAGAGGGGGUCCCAAACACUGGCCGGUUCAGGCUAGCAUCCCGGCGGAAUGCUAUUAUGCGUCCAACAUGUCAUCCAGCCACAAGGAGACUAAGAGCAUUAACGCCAAACUUAAGAAAGGACAGCUUCAUCUUGAUGACCCCGAAGGCUUUCAACAGGCCACUCAGCAACGGCUGCAGAGCCUGAGGGGAUGGGAUACACAGGAAAUCAAUGGGAUCCUUGAGGAAGAGCUGCAUAGUCGACUUGUCUCUGCUGAUCUGCGACUUGAUCACGACACACCCGAUGCGACCACGCCAGUCAAAAGCCUCUGGCGAUGUCAUCGGGAACUUAAAGCCCUGCAGCAAAUGGACACUGCGGAGGCUGAGGCCAAGCGUUGCGAUCUAAAGGUUAAGUUCACUCAGCUCCAACGACAGGUUCGUACCGUCAGCAAGCUCAAGAGACAGGCCUUUGUCGAGCACUGCAUUCAGCGAGCCAUUCAGGCUGCCCAUCAUGGAGACAUCAGAGAGGUUUACCUUCAAGUCAAUACAAUAGCGCCCAAGGUCAUACGUCGCAGACCGCAACUUCGGGAUGCUCAGGGUCACAUCAUGACAACACAGCAGGAAACCCAGACACUACAACAGUUCUGGCAAGAAGUUUAUAUCGGCCAACAACCCAGAUCACCAGAUCCGCUGCUGAGAUAUGACUUACCGCCCCAGCUGCUUGAAGAUGCUCUUGCCUCACUGCCGCAGCACAAAUCACUGCCAGAUCACUAUGUGCCAGGCAUUGCUUGGAAACUUGCGGCCUCUUCGGUGGCUGCCUUGGCUCAACGAACCAUUCUUAGCGAUUGGCAGCAGGAUCGCUUCUGGAUUCCACCCGAAUGGAGGCAUGCCUGGCUCUGCUUCAUAUUGAAGCCCAACAAAUCGGGGCGCAAGGCUGAGGAGUAUCGUCCGAUUGGACUGACAGACCCAGUUGGGAAAGCGCUCCUAGGAGCCAUUUCUGUGCAGCACCGUGAUGCUCUUUAUGGGUCAGUUGCGCCCUACCCUCAGUUCGCCUACAUGGCCAAUCGUGGUGUAUCUCAAGCCCUCAUGAGAGCUUUUCAGCACCUGCAUACAGCUCGCGAACUGGUCGCCCAACAACGCGUCACACUGCAACAGCGCCAUGCUGGGGCCACCAGGUGCAGCUUAGUUGGAGCCAUUACUGUCUCCCUUGACAUGAGCAAGGCUUUUGAUUCGCUGGAGCCGCAGUACAUGCAUCAGGCCUUGGAACUCAGUUGUCUUCCUGGGGAUGUGUGCCGUCUCAUUGAGCAUUGGCAUGCAGGCGUUGUUUACCACUUUGAGCAUGAGAAAUGCCAAGCGCAAAUCAGCUGUGGCAGGGGCAUACGACAGGGCUGCAAGAUUGCUCCCAGGGUUUGGUCCCUAUUUACCAUCCUUGUUAUGCAUGAGAUAGGACUCGAAUGGUGCCAACAGCACAGCAACUGGUUCGCGGAUGAUGCCCUCUUCCAGGCAAUAAUACACUCCGAAGAAGAAUUGCUGAAGCACAUCAAAGCGAUCUCCAAGGCUCUCUGGGUCCUGCAGAAGCUGGGUAUGAGCAUUGCUGCCUCCAAAAGUGCUGUGCUGCUCCACCUUGGAGGAACCACGGCCAAGAAAGUGAAGGCAAAGAUCAUACAGGUGCACAAUCAGAAGCAACAAGUGCUCUUUCAGCAUGAAGAUCACCAAUGGAGGCUUCCGGUUGUCGCUCAACAUGAUUACUUAGGAGCCAUUCUUAGCUACACUCGCAUGGAGGAUCUCACUGCAACCAGACGGAUCAAAGCUGCACAAGCCUCUUUCGACAGGCUAAAGCCAGUGCUCACUCAAAAGACCCUUGCUCUGAGAACUCGGCUGCGCAUCUGGCAGGCCUGCGUUACCUCCAGCUUGCUGUAUGCCUUACCGCAGGUGGGCCUCACUCCAGGAUCAGCGCAGCGUGUGGCUGUUUCCUUCUUUCGACAGCUGCGGCACAUUACCAGUAAACCAGUGCACCUCACAGGUAUCAGCAACCAGCAGCUGUGCGAUCAAUACGAUCUCAAGGAUCCAAUUGAUUGCCUGCUUCGCAGUGCUCAGAAGCAACAGGCAAAAACGGUGCGCCUCCGCACUGUCUUGGAUGCCAAGGAUGCAAGACUUGCUGAAGACAUCUUGGCAUGUGAGGCCAGGAUUCUUGCUCAGAUACAUACCAUAGCCAGCGAUCGGCAGGCGGGACAUGUCACCCAUGCGGUCAGACUCAAAGCUUCUUCAUAUCUUGAUUGGAAAGAGGUGGACAGAUUCACGCAUGGCUGCGCCUACCUCUCCUUUGGAUGCUUCUCCAACAAGGUCCUUUUUCAGCUCGUUUUCCUCAAAGAGCUCGGAGCUCAACAGGUUCUGUCAGAAAGCGGCUUCGAGGUAAACAAUCCCAACAAGCGGUACAGGCAGGACCCAGAUCAGGACUACAGCUGGGGAGGAUACCAGGACACAAGGUAUCGUUCAUCGGGAAGCUUGGAUGUGGAGGCGGCUGUGUAUGCCCUGGCCAAGCUUUGUCUCAGGCAGGAGACAGAGCUGAGCGAGAUCAGACAAGAGAAAUGCUUCCUUCUUCAUGUCAGUGCAGCACCUCACGGAAUACUCAAACCGCUCAUUCAGGCCUCCAUGAAGUGGAACGAACUUCGAGACCAGAUGAAAGUGGAAUGCAGUUUGAAGACGGAGCUCUUCCGCCUGAUGCUCAAGGAGACAGCAGCUCGCAUGGAAAAAUUCGAGCAAAAUCAGGAAAGUCAGCGGGCGGCAGAGAAGGUCAACUGGAUCAGCGGCAUGCCACUGCUAUGGUUGUACCAGAAGUGGGAUCCGGAGCAACAGCAGCUUGUUUUGGACCAGAGUCGAUCGGGAGUCCCGCAUCAGGAGGUCAAAGACAUGUUGGAAAACUUGAGUGCAGCGCUCAAGAUGGAUCCGGAGUCGCUCAAUCAGUUUGCGGCCAAGAGAAGGUUGACACCGGCCAUGACAGGCGCUUCGGUGCCAUUCCGGGUAUCCAUCGGUUUACGUGGCCCUCAGUGCCAGAUCCUGCACGAGGCCUUCAUCAAGCUGUCUGGCCUGGCUGUGCUGAACCUGAUUGGGGCCAACAUGCACAAGGAGAGGCAGAGGCAUGGCAGGGAGGCGGACGAGGUGGGCAUGCCUCCGGAGCUGCUGGGCACUCUUGGGACUAGUGUUCGAGACCUGGCUCACAAUACUCAGCCUAUUUUGCUUCGUGCUUUACCUCGCAUCCAGGCGAUCAUGCGGCUCUGGAAUGACCCAAAUAGGCAGCAUGAUGUUGCUGAGUUCCUCUCACAUCUCAUCAUGCAAUGUCGAAUGCCCUUCGGUCUUGAAUGUUGGCAGGUGCGUGCUAUCAGGGGGCUGGAGCUUCGCAUAUUGGAUGAAGGCUCACUCUGCACACCCAUCCCCCUGCCUACUCCCGCUCCUCCCGACAAUGGCCAAGCGCUCACCUUUCAGGCUUGCGCUGCUCAGUUCUUUCAAGAAGCGGAGCAUCCAGAUCAGAUGUGUGCACUUGCCUCUGUCGCACCCCUUGUGUGCUUCCAGCUGCGACGGUAUGAGUUCGAUGUCGAUACUGGCAUAACGCACAAAUGCACCACUCCCGUAGGAUUCUCUGAGUCUGCAAUCCAGGUCCCUGUCUGGAGAGGGGUGGACACAGUGCAGAUUCGGCACGUGCCCUAUCGCAUCACAGCCAUUGCUUUUCAUGAAGGUGUAACGCCGACGGCGGGGCAUUACCGCACAUGCCUGCUGCAUCAGGGGCAAUUCUAUGUCACUGAUGAUGGGGCUGUGGCGAAACGUGCGGACUCCCAGAUGCUUGAACGGGUGCAAUCCAACUCAUACCUUUUCAUAUGCGCCCUGUGCAUGGAUGGCUAG